GAAGAAUCAAAGGGCGGCCUUCAGCGACAAAGCACAUUGAGCUAAGUUCUUUUAGCUGAAAGGAAAAACCACUUUCCCUCCAUUUAUAUAACCGACGUACGGUUUGUUUGGAACAAAGACACAUUCAUGUGCUGACUGAGGAGAGGGGAUAUUUAAACACGCAAGCAUGUCUGGAGCGUGUCAGGACAGAAGGAGCCGCUGGCAGGAGAUUCAGAAAGGCCUACAGUUCAUCCAAUCAACCCUUCCUUUUCCAGGAAGUCAAGACCAGUAUGAGGUGUUCAUUAAGGACCUCGUGUGGAACCUGUUUGGAGAAGGAAACGACGUGUUUAAAGAAGGGGAAUGGACAAAAUCCAUCGAGAUGUACACUGAAGCCUUGAGCAUUGCAGAUUACGCAGACACUGAAGACAUCUGUGUUCCAACAGGUUUACUUGAAAAACUGUAUGCAAAUCGAGCUGCUGCGUACCUAAAUAUUGUUCCGGGACUGUAUGACCAAGCACUAGAAGACUGUGAAAGAGCUCUCCAGUUGAACGAGGGGAACUACAAAGCCCUGUACAGAAAAGCGAAAGCCUUGAAAGAGAUGGGGAGACAUCAAGAGGCCUAUGAGGCUGUUGCCAAAUGUUCUCUAGCAGUGCCUCAGGAUUCCAGCGUCACACAGCUGACUCAGGACCUUGCCAAAAUUUUGGGAUUGAAAAUCCGCAAAGCUUAUGUGAGGAGUAAGCCCGCCUUGAAUGUAAUGAAAGGAUCAAGUUAUCAAGAUGUAUCGUGUGAGAAGUCUACUCACGGUUCAGCUUCAGUUGAAGAUAUAGAAAUAGAAGUGCCUCAGUUAACACACGAUAGCGGCGUUUUGACUCCGGGCCCGGCUCUAAUCCAAGCCCCGGUGGCGGUGCACCCUCCUCUGAACGAAACGGCGGUGGACGACCUCCCUCCGAACAACGCCGUCUCGUCCGCAGCCCCGUGCGAGCCCCCGGGCUUCGAGUCCGUCCCCCUGCCCGUGUCCGCGCCCACCUCAGCCCCCCUCCCCGUGUUUGUGAACGGUUGCAGGGCCAGCAAGCCUUGCCCCAUCCUGGAAACUAGCCAAGACUUCGACGCGGACAUCAUCGGCGACGACCUGGACGAUCUGCUGGACCAAGCUGGCCCCGAGUCGGCCAUGGUCAUUCCCACGGUGAAGGGGCCUCUGCCUUUGCCGACCAGUAGUAUUGCCUCGGGCAGCUCUAUGUCAAAUCCAUUCCUGAUGCCGUCUCACAUCAACCCGUUUCUCCACAGUAGCGGCCAGCAAUGCACUGUAACCCUCCCGCCUCUGUAUCACAAGUCGGGGUCGAGCACUUAUUUUGGUAUGGACACGUUUGACUCUCUGCACGCGCCAAUGGACUCGCUGGAUAGUCUCAGCAUAUCAGACUAUAAAAGAGAUUUCGCUCCAAGUCCGUUCAUUCCACAGCUCAACAAUAAUGAAACUCCGAUGGGAAUGGCCGUGGGAAUGCCUGACGUGAAAGGCCUCACUACCGCCGUGGAUUUGGCAAAGAACCCCUUGGCCGAAACACACGAAUUCAAGCAAGCCUGCUCAAUGUGCUACGUCAAAACCGGCCCCGGAGUGUUGGAUUACACACUUCAUACUGAAGAGCAUAAGUGCAAAAAGGAUGUAUUACUCGGCAGAAUCAAGCAUUCGCCAGACAAAACGUGGAAGCUCAUUCGACCCAGACCGACUAAAACCCAAUAUGUUGGACCUUAUUACAUUUGCAAAGAGGUGGCUGUUGGAGAAGAGUGCCUGUACCCUGGCCACUGCACAUUUGCAUACUGCCAGGAAGAGAUUGAUGUUUGGACUUUGGAGCGAAAAGGGUUCAUCUCGAGAGAACUGCUCUUCGAUCCUUUUGGGCCCAGCUCCAACGUCAGGUUGACCGUGCCCAAGAUUUUACAAGAGCAUCAUGGGAUAUUCAUGUUUCUCUGUGGGGUGUGCUUUGACCAUAAACCAAGAAUAAUCAGCAAAACCAACAAAGAUGACCCCUCCCUCUGUUCUCAUCCAGUGACAAAGCAUGACUUUGAAGAUCAUAAGUGCCUGGUCCACAUUUUGAAGGAGAAUACAGUCCGGUAUUCCAAAAUUAGACCCUUGAGUCCUCAGUCCCAGCUGGAUCUGUGCCGCCAUGAGGUCCGCUACGGCUGCGUGAGGGAGGACGACUGCUUCUACGCCCACAGCCUCAUCGAGCUGAAGGUCUGGAUGAUGCAGCAUGAGCUUGGUAUCACUCAUGAAAGUAUUGUCCAAGAGGCAAAGAAAUUUUGGAAUGCAACAGCUUCAUUGCAGGGCACCCAGCUUUCCACUGCACAGAGACGGUUUGGGCCUCCGAAUCUGAAGAUGAUGUUUGUUUGUGGCCAGUGUUGGAGAAAUGGUCAACUAAGUGAAGCUGACAAAAACAAGAAGUAUUGCUCAGCCAAGGCAAGACACACGUGGGCGAAAGACAGGCGGGUGGUGCUUGUAAGUUCCCAUGAAAGGAAAAAAUGGACGACUGUAAGACCGCUUCCAACCAAAAAACCCAUCCCAUCGCAGUUCGAGAUUUGCAUGCACGUGACCGCUGGCAAGAAGUGUCAGUACAUCGGGAAUUGCACAUUUGCUCACAGCAUAGAAGAAAGAGACCUUUGGACCUACAUGAAGGAAAACAACAUUCCAGAUAUGGAUCAGCUUUAUGAGCAGUGGCUGCAGUCUCAGAAGCCUGGCUGGGGCGAAGAGACGUCCAGCAACUCGGUCAGGGAGAACGGCAAACAGAUCCACAUGCCCACGGACUACGCGGAGGAAGUGGCUGGCAAUCACUGUUGGCUGUGUGGUAAGAACUGCAACAGCGAGAAGCAGUGGCAGCAGCACAUCACGUCGGAAAAACACAAAGACAGAGUUUUCAACUCUGAGGACGAUCAGAACUGCUGGCAGUAUCGAUUUCCCACGGGCACUUUCAAAGUUUGUGAGAGGUUCCUCAAAGGCACGUGCACGGAGGACAGCGUCUGUAAGCUGGCACACGGGGAGCAGGAGCUUAAAGAAUGGAUGGAGCGCAGGGAAUUCCUUUUGAUGAAGCUUGCCAAAGCCAGAAAAGAUCAUCUUAUAGCACCAAAUGACAAUGACUUUGGAAAAUACAGUUUUCUGCUUAAAGACAUUAAAUAAUGACAGCAAUGAUAACAAUAUUCAUGCUCACUUGCAAAUAAUGCAGUAUUCAAACAGUCUCGAGUCCGGUCAUCCGUGAGGGCCUCUGAUGUGCGCAGGGAAGUGCCUGAUCACAGCAUGAUUUAAAGGAGGGCGUUCCGGACCGACCCUCUGAUUGGUGGCUGGUUUUCUCUGAUCAGAAAUACGGGAGUGUUAUCAUUAAGAGCAAAUACUGGGGUAGAAGACACUCGAAGCUUUGCUAUGCACCAGUCAGUACAAUACCUGAAAAUGAAUGGUGACAAUAAACGGCAUGUGUAAACCUUGAUCAGAGUCGUGUUCAGAUACUUUAAGUUGACCUGAAGUAAUUCCUUUCACAAGCAGUUUGUAUAUGUUAAUGGACUUUUACGGUUUCAAGCAUCAGUUACUCAAAUCAACAGUUCAGUUGACGAUGUUUUCUUUUAAUCAGUCAAUACAGGUCAUUUUCACUUUCCAUUUAUCUAAUAGUGUUACCAAUGUAAUGGGCACCACAUAAAUAAAGCUUGUUUUUUAAUCUA